AUUGAAUUUGACGUAGUAAAAAAAUCUGCCGUUUUUCAUUUCUGUCGUUUCUUACGAGUUGUCAACGAAUCUUUCCACAUUUGAACUGCGAUUAUUUUGUCAAUCGUUGCCUCAGAGAGUUUUGAAAUAGUUUCGUGUCACAAUUGACAUUUUUAUACGCACGGACGGAGUAAAUUUUGUGAAAUUGCAAGAUGGAAGUGUUUGUUGGGGGAAACACCUGGUAAAGUAUGGCAGCAGUGCGCGUAAGUUCACAAGCAGCCAUUUUGAAGUGAGGGAGUGAUUCCAUUCGUAGUGCGAAAAUAAUAGUGUAAAAUAAAUUAAUAACACCUAAGGACGCUCAAAAUUAACAGUUAGUGAAUCCUAUGGCUUGUUUAAAUACGCUGAAACAAGAAAUUCGGACAUUAGAAGGAAUAUUUACGAAAAACCAUGAACGUUUUCAGAUCGUAUCCGCUAGUGUUGAUGAAUUAAGUUGUAGAUUUGUAGGAAAAAACGGUAAAAAAUAUGCCAUCCAUGCGAAUAUAACGGAAACUUAUCCCUCAGUUCCGCCAGUAUGGUUUGCAGACUCAGAAGAAACAAGCAUAACAAAUGCUGUACAAAUAUUAAGUAAUACAGAAGGCCUAGAUAAUCAUGUCCUCCAUCAAGUAGCAAUCCUACUUAGAGAACUGUGUCGGUUACAUGCUGUUCCAGAACCACCUGAUAUAGAAAGACUGAGAAUCCCUAAUCCUCAAACAACUAAUCGCAUAAGUAGAGUAGAACCAAUGGAAGACGAAGGUCUGGACAGCGACGCCGAGGCUGAUCUCGGCGACAGCGAUGCGGAAGAGGAUAGUGAUGCUGACGAGGACCUGGCAAUGGAAAUGGAGGACAGUCGGCCGAAGGCGGACGAAAUGGGCGUCGAACACUUGGCGACGCUCGAACGCCUCAGACAGAACCAAAGACAAGACUACUUAAAGGGAUCCGUGUCGGGUUCCGUCCAGGCUACAGAUCGACUGAUGAAAGAGCUCCGCGACAUCUACCGCUCGGACUCUUUCAAGAACAAAAUGUACCAGAUCGAACUGGUGAACGAUUCUCUGUACGAGUGGAAUGUGCGAUUGAUGGCAGUUGAUCCUGACAGCCCGCUGAGCCAUGAUCUCCUCAUGCUCAAGGAGAAGGAGGGCAAGGAUGCCAUACUGCUCAACAUGCUGUUCAAGGACUCCUAUCCUUUCGAGCCACCCUUCGUGCGAGUUGUUUAUCCCAUUAUUUCGGGUGGCUACGUUUUGGUCGGAGGGGCGAUCUGCAUGGAGCUGUUGACUAAGCAGGGUUGGUCCAGUGCGUAUACUGUGGAAGCCGUUAUUAUGCAGAUCUCGGCAACUUUAGUUAAGGGCAAGGCGCGCAUCCAGUUCGGAGCAGCCAAAGUCUGCUCCCAGGGUCAGUACAGUCUAGCACGCGCCCAACAGAGUUUCAAGUCGCUUGUGCAAAUUCACGAGAAGAACGGAUGGUUCACUCCCCCAAAAGAAGAUGGUUAAGAACUGUGAUGUGCCAAUACUUUUUUAUUAUUUCCUCACCUAUGUUAAUACGUUUUUGUUAAUAGUCUAAAUUUCAUUAAUUUUAUAUCUUAGUGCCUACACGUUUUCUUAUUUUUUUAAUUGUCUUUGAAUUUGGUGAACUAUUUCUGAAUCCGUAUUUUAAUUCAAAAUUUAGAUCACAUGAUAACUGUGUGUAGAUUGCAAAUAUGUCCAUUGUAUAAUGAAUAAUAUUUUCAUCUGAAAACAACAAAAUAACUUUGAUCAAUAAAUAUUAGUUGUGAGAACUGUGAUUUUCAUUGAAGUUCUAUAAUUUCUAUUAGUAUAUGUAGGCUUGACAUUUUGUUUGAAAUCUCUAGCCAGUAACCUGGAUUUUAUUGUCAGCUGUAACACAUUUGUUAGUAAUUGUUUUUCUACGUGCAAUUACUGGUUUAGAGUAAAACAUGUUUCAAUAUUUUCAGUAAUUUUUGUAUGUAUAAAUAUAUUGUUUUACGUGAAUGUGUGGUGAUACACAGAAGUUGCACAGAGUGUGUGUGUACCAUUUUAUUAUGAAAUGCGUAUAUUUGAAUUGCUGAUUCAUUUCACAUUCUGACAAGUAUUUAACCUGCAGGAACAGACUACAUUAAUUAUUGCGCAUUUUAUAAUAAAAUGAGUUGAUAUUAAAAGUCAUAUGAGGCAAAUGUACAGCUUCAUAUGUCUAUAUUUGUGAUGUUCUCAUUUUCUUCCAUUUUCAUUAUUUACAUUAAGUUUCAUUUACAUUUUCCUAAGGUUUUUUUAUUUAUUGGAGUAAUCCACUCCAAUGAAUUUCUCCAUACUUAUUCCUAGUUUAAAGUUAGAGUUACUUUAGUUAAUUGGCAGCAUAUUGGAUUAAUUGUAAAUAAACUGUGUAUUCCGUUUGCUGUACUUCACUCCUUAAUCGAUUUCAGAGUAUGUGCUUUUAGUUUUUAAGAUCAAUAAACUACUAUUAUUAUAAA